CGCCGCGCGCCUGCAGAGGGUUGCUCCUCCCUUUCGGUUUUCCGCGGCUUGCUUGUGCGCCUGCCAUUCUGACGUCUCGCGAUAGCUUCGACCAGCCUGCCGUAUCUCUUUCCAAGAUGGCGGCUCCCGAUGUAGCGGCGGCAGUAGCGCCUGCUCAAUCUGAAAGUUGGCUCCGUACCCGGGAUGUGCUGAUGCCGGAGGGGCCCGAAGACUUUGGGUCCUUGCUUCUGUCCACCCCGGUGCUGGAAGGGCUGAAGGCUGCUGGCUUCCUAAGACCUUCCCCGGUGCAGCUCAAGGCUAUACCAUUGGGGCGCUGUGGCCUCGAUCUCAUUGUGCAAGCAAAAUCUGGAACUGGUAAAACCUGUGUCUUCUCCACUAUUGCUCUUGAUUCCCUAAUUCUGGAAAGCCCAGUUACACAGAUUCUGGUUUUGGCUCCUACCCGAGAGAUUGCUGUACAGAUUCAUGCAGUUAUUACAACUAUUGGAAGCAAAAUGGAAGGCUUGGAAUGUCAUGUCUUCAUAGGAGGGACUCCUUUAAACCAAGAUAAAAUCAGACUGAAGAAGUGUCACGUAGCAGUUGGCUCCCCUGGUCGCAUAAAGCAACUCAUAGAGUUGGACUAUCUGAAUACAGCCAGCAUUCGCCUCUUUAUUCUUGAUGAAGCAGACAAGCUUCUAGAAGAAGGCAGUUUCCAGGAACAAAUCAAUUGGAUUUAUUCUUCUCUACCAGCCAACAAGCAGAUGUUGGCUGUUUCAGCCACAUAUCCUGAAUCCUUGGCUAAUAGUUUGAGUAGAUACAUGAGAGAUCCUACCUUCGUGAGGCUAAAUCCCACUGAUCCCAGUCUCAUUGGGUUGAAGCAGUACAUCAAAGUUGUGAAUUCUCACCCAUUACCUCAUAAGACUUUUGAGGAGAAGGCUGAAAACUUACAGGAGCUCUUCAGCAAGAUUCCGUUCAACCAGGCUUUGGUCUUCUCAAAUCUACAUAGUCGAGCUCAACAUCUGGCAGACCUACUAACAUCCAAAGGCUUUCCUGCUGAAUGCAUUUCAGGCAAUAUGAAUCAGAGCCAGCGACUAGAUGCCAUGGCUAAACUCAAGCAGUUCCAUUGCAGAGUCUUGAUAUCAACUGAUUUGAUGUCUCGUGGAAUUGAUGCUGAGAAGGUGAAUCUAGUCAUUAACCUUGAUGUGCCUUUGGACUGGGAAACAUACAUGCAUCGGAUUGGCAGAGCAGGGCGCUUUGGAACUUUAGGACUAGCUGUGACAUACUGCUGCCGUGGAGAGGAGGAGAACCUGAUGAUGAAAAUCACGCAGAAAUGUAACCUUCGACUUCUUCCUUUACCAGAACCUAUACCUCCUGGGUUAAUGGAACAGUUUGAAGGAUGGGAUGUAGAAGUCACUGCUGUCCCAUAUCCCAAUGCUUCACAACAUGCUCCUCUGUUCCCUGCUGGAAGACCAGAGGAGACAGUGCAGCAUGGAGCAUUAAGUUCCAGUGUGCAGAUUUCUCCUGUUGCUCCUGCUGCAGCCAAGCCAAAACAGGAUGUCAAACACAAGAAGCCACUCAAGAGCAAAAUGGAGCAUACCAAAGCAAAGGCAACAUCUAGGAAUCCACAGUCUACUCACAGUACUGCAGAGCAGAAGUGCCAAAAGGAAUCUGACCUCCAAGCUGCUGAGCAGCACAAUAAGCAGGAAAUGGACAGGGAAACUUUGCAAAGUAUGCUCCCCAAGAUCCCUUGCCUGUCAUCUUUUAAGAACCAGCAGUCCACCAGUACAUGGACCAUGGCUGAAUUUAUUGAGGAUUAUGAGUACUUCAUUAAGGAAGGAUUAGAGAGAGAUGUGGAAAUUGUAAGAAGCUAUACAGGUCCUGGAGAGCAGCAUCAACACCCAGAAAAUGAUGCUUUAGAUAGGACAAAAAUAGAAUCUAGUGCACACACAGCUGAAUGGACUGGAGAGUCUGAUAGCGACAGUAGCUCUUGCAGUUCUGGGGCAUCCACUUCUAGUGUGGAGGAUCGGUCAUGUAUCAAAGCCUCUUCAGAUACACAGCAAAGAGUCAAUGCUGUGUUGUCAGCAGAUCAGACUCCUGCUCAGCAAUUCAGUGGCGUCCCUGAAAGACAGCAGUUCCGAGAAAUUCCUCAGCUCCCAAAGAAAAUGAAAUGGAAUGUGAAACAGAACAAACAGAAUAGGCCAUUCCACUACCCUCAUACUGCCAAGCCCUCCAAGAGAGAGGCUAUAGAAGAUGCGUUCCAGGACGAUUAUGCUGCUUCCCUUCCUUGUGAAAAUCAGAGCUAUGCAGAAUACUGGAAAGCAUAUUACCGGGCCUGGCAGGACCAUUAUGCGGCAGCUUCUCAUUCAUACUACCAAACGUAUCAGAGACGAUUGAACAGUCUGCCUGCAUAUCAUGCCAAUGCAGUCUAUUUUGAAGAAUUGCUGAGGGGUGGUCGGUGAUGGGAUUCGCUCCUGCUACCUAACUGUACUACUGUUAUCUUUGGGCCACCUGUCUAUGUAAUUCUUUUAAAUAUUUUUCAUUCCAUGUGUGUACUAUUUGGUAUACAUUCCAGGUGAAGUUCUGCAACAGCUUUGUGAUGCCAAUAAACAAUAUGAAAAUA